AUGGCUCCCAGCGCUGUGCUCAUGGAGCCUGACAACCUGCUGACGCCGAAGGAGAAAAACAAACUGAGGAAGCCGGUGGUGGAGAAGAUGCGCCGGGAUCGGAUUAACAGCAGCAUCGAGCAGCUGAAGCUGCUCCUGGAGAAGGAGUUCCAGAAGCACCAGCCCAACUCCAAGCUGGAGAAAGCAGACAUCCUGGAGAUGACUGUCAGCUACCUGAAGCAGCAAAGCCAGCUGCAGAUAAAGACUGCAGCAUCCUUCCACAAAAACUCCCAGUUUGACUUUAGAGAGGGCUACUCUAGAUGCCUGCAAGAAGCUUUCCAUUUCCUCUCUGUUCACAAAGUCCGAACUGAAACACAGACCAAACUUCUCAGCCACUUCCAGAAGAGCCAAUCAGCUGCUGCAGAGGUCACCCUCUCUCCUGGGAACCCCAGCACCCCGAAGCAAGCCUCUCCAAAAGACACCAGCACUCUCUGGAGGCCCUGGUAGUCAGGGGAGUCCUCACUUCAUGGACC